AUGUCGGUCUUUCAGCUGAUUCCCGGCGUACAGUCGUACGAAUGGGGAGUUCCUGGUGGCGACAAAGACAGUAUCGUGGCGGAUCUCGCGGAGGCUACGCCUGAGUUGGGCCUGCAGCGCGAGGCGUCCAAGCCCUAUGCCGAGCUGUGGAUGGGCACGCAUCCGACGCUUCCCUCGCAUGUGCUUGGCGAGAACCACGAGCUGCUGAACGACCGCCUGUGCAAGGACCACUCCCUUCUUGGCGAAAAGGUCGUCGGCAAGUACGGUGCGUCAGAGAAGGGCGCGCUUCCUUUCCUUUUCAAGGUGCUGAGCAUCGCCAAAGCGCUCAGCAUCCAGGCGCACCCCGACAAGAAGCUCGCCGAGCGCCUGCACGCGGAGAAGCCCAAUAUGUACAAGGAUGACAACCACAAACCCGAGAUGGCGAUCGCCAUCCGUGCGUUUGAAGGCUUUUGUGGAUUCCGCCCGGUGCGCGAGGUGCUCGAGUUUGUCGAGGCGGUGCCCGAGCUAAAGCAGGUGCUCAAGGCGGACGACACGCUGCGCACCCAGCUCAAGAGCGCCGCCGACGCGCAGGACGCGCUGUGGGCCGGCCAGGCAUCGGACGAUGCACAGAGCCGUGUGCACGAUGCGCUGCGUGCGGCGUUUGGCGCGCUGAUGCGUGCGGACGCUUCGCUAUACGAGCCGCUCGUGUCGUCGAUUGCGCAGCGCUACCGUGCGGCGCGCUCGGCACACACCCCGCUCGAGGUGAGCGACGAGGUGGCGGAGCUCGUUGCGCGUCUCGAUACGCAAUUUCCCAGGGACAUUGGUGUCUUUUGCACCUUUUUCCUGAACAUUGUGCACCUCGUGCCGGGCCAGGCGCUGUUCCUGGGUGCGGACGAGCCGCACGCCUACCUUUCGGGGCACAUCCUCGAGUGCAUGGCCGCCUCGGACAAUGUCGUGCGUGCGGGCCUCACGCCCAAGGCGCGCGACGUCGAGGUGCUGGUCGACAUGCUUACAUACCAAAGCGCACGCGCCAAGGACCAGAUCCUGCACGCGCCGCAGUGGGACGGCGACGCGGCAAAGCCGAACGCGACGUGCCUGUACGACCCUCCGAUCGAGGAGUUCUCGGUGCUGGUCACGACGCUCGUGCCGGGCUCGCAAACGAGCAGCCAGCGCGCGAUCGACGGCCCGUCGCUCGUGCUGGUCGUUGAGGGGAAGGGCACGCUCAAGGUCGACGGACAGGCGCACGAGCUGUACGCCGGUCUGGUGCUCUUUGUCGGUGCCGCAACGCCGAUCGAGCUGGAGACGAGCGAGUCGGUGACAGUCGCACGCGCAUUUAUUGAGGUUGCAUGA